AUGCCUUCUCUCGCUGACUGGCGUUCAGUCACCCCAAUGUUGAUGUUCUGCAUAUUGACAUUCGCGACUGCCGAUUUUACCUUCGGUCUUGAUACCGGUACCUUCGGUAACUUGCAGGCGAUGCCAGCUUUCUUGAACGAAUUCGGAGAGCGGAAUGCCGCAGGCAAAAUGAUUCUCUCGACGAACAGAAAAUCGAUCAUGAACUCUGUCGUCUAUCUCGGUCGAAUGGUCGGUGUUUUCAUCUUCGAACCUGCUACUGAGCGAUACGGUUUCAAGAUGAUGUUCGUCUGCCUCUGUGUCGUACAGCUCAUUGCUGUAGUCAUCGAACUUACUUCUAAAGAAUGGAUCCAAUUCACUAUCGGUCGAGUUCUCACAUAUGUUACCAUUGGUCUCAUCGAGGCCGUCAUCCCAUCGUACAGUGCUGAAGUCGCGCCUGCCCCAUUGCGAGGGUUCUUCGCCGGUCUAUUCGUACCCUUGCAAUCUAGUGUGGGUAUGUUGACCAGUGGUGUCGCCAGAGCUUUCGCGAACACUCAAGGCAAGGUUGGAUGGAUCAUCCCAAUCACCCUUCAAGGUAUCCCUUCACUCAUCGGUCUCAGUCUGAUCUUCUUCACCGUCGAAUCUCCAAGGUGGCUCUUGACCAAAGGCAGAGAGGAAGAAGCGCUUCAUAACCUGAGAAGACUGCGAAAUCAACAUGAUGUCGAUGCUGGUAUUCCUGAAGCUGAAAUCGAGGCUAUCAAAUCUGCUAUCGCAUACUCCAACUCCAUCAGUCAAGGAUCAUGGAUGGAGCUCUUCUCGGGUCCAUACUGGAGACGAACAAUCUACGCCUCCAUCAUGUUCAUGGCCUACGAAGCAGGCGGUAAUCAGUUCUACAACGCUUAUGGUCCCUCCUUCUUGGUUGAUGCUGGUCUGGGUAACAAGUCCUUCAUCUAUGGUAUCAUUGUCAACUUAUUCGGUGCCAUUGGUUCGUUGAUGACGAUUCUCUCUACCGAUACGAUUGGUCGAAGACCCCUUUGUAUCAUCGGUUCCUUUUUGGUCGUACUUUGGGAUUGUCUUAUCGCUGCAUUCGGAGGUGCUUCCGACAUAACGACCAACCCUCAAAAGCAGAACAUCACCGUCGCAUCUUUCAUCCUCCUCAUCUUCUCGACUAAAGUCGCUUUCGCGACGCACUCGUUCAUCGUCACCACUGAGAUGGGUGGUGUCAGGAUGAGAAAGAAGUUGAUGAUGAUUGGAGCGUUCCACGAUGUCUUAUGGUCCUUCUUGACUGCCUUCUUCACCCCUUACAUCAUGAAGAGCAUCCACGCAGAUAUCGGAUACCUCUUCGCUGGUAUCGCCGGUAUCGGUCUCUUAUACGCCAUCUUCCUCCUUCCCGAAUUGAGGGGAAGAUCUUUGGAAGAAGUCGACGAACUCUUCGAAAAACCACGAUUCAGAUGGGGAUGGCAAUACAAGGGUGUCGUCACCACUGGUGUCGGUGCUCAAAUCGCCAACCUCGAGAGUCACAAUGCUGCUGCUGCUAUGCACCCCGAUGUCGAGACUGGAAAGGACUCUGAUGUCGCUCACAACGUCGUUGAGGUCGAGGACCAGAAGUACUAA